GCAUAAAGUCACAGUCCCAACUUGGACGUAUGCCGGUUGGAUCGCGGCCGACCCCAUAGUGUGUCAGCAACUUACACAAUCAAACCAUCCCUAAAGCCUUGUUCAGCGCCUCAGGUGACUUAAAGUUUUUGUGCUGCGGCUGGAAAUCAUCGUGCAAUAAAAUUUCAGCACCAAAAAUAUCCGCGAGUAAGAUGAGUUCACCAAGAGAUUCGCCCGAGCUGCCGUCCUACGACAUCAACAACAAUCAACCAAGCAAAGACUUUUCACAAAAGUGUGUAGACUCGCUCGAAGAGACAGCGUCAGUGGAUGGCGAUGGAUCGAAGCAGAAACGAAAACAGCGAAGACAACGAACUCACUUCACCGCCUAUCAGCUGCAGGAACUCGAGAAAAUGUUUUCAAGGAAUCGAUAUCCUGACAUGGCUGUCAGAGAAGAACUCGCUAUGUGGACAAGCCUCACAGAAGCACGAGUCAGGGUGUGGUUCAAAAACCGUCGAGCAAAAUGGCGCAAAAAGGAGAAAAAUAACCCGCCGAAUAUCCUCGGGCAGGAAAAAAACAGCAGCAUUAUUCAGAGUGUGAAUGGAUUUAGUUUUGAUACCAUAGGUUCUAUGCGCUACGACAGCUCGGAAACCACGCCGUCAGUGUAUCCAAACUAUGGUGCGAACUACUGGAGCAAGGGAGGACCGAGUAUUGGCUACAGCUCCUUACAGCAGACUGGCAACACUUUGGGGUACAAUUCACAGUUUCAGAUACCUUCACCAUGCCCGGUUCCACCGCAAAUAUCGGGAUCGUUGAGUCCAUUUUCAACUCCGAUAUCGAGCGAGAAUAGUUCAACUUACGCCCCAAACUCAUCCAGUGUGCCAAGUAUGCCCUGUGGAUAUCCACCAACUUACGGUUACCAGGAACAAACUUCGGUUUAUUUAAAAGGUAAAGGCUCGUCGCUAAACCACUACCCGAACUAUUCUCAGUCGAAUCCUUACAGUCCAUAUCCUUACGGGAUGGCCGAAAUACCGAUUAAUAUUUAGCGUUAACAAACAAUGCCUGUCAAUGGAGUUACUUAAAGGACUACACAGAGAAAAGAAGUUUUAAAAACACUCUUUUAAAGAUGCCUUUCGUUCGAAAAGCAGUUGCUAGAAGCAGAACAGUUUGAACUGAUUUGAUUCUUCAGUUUGAUUCUAGGUUUAAAACCGACAUUAGCACUAAAACGUAAUUAAAAAGCGAAAACGAUCUUUUGAAGUUAAUAGAUGCAAUCUAGUUGAGCUCGGGUGUUGUGUAGUCAAUGCUGAAUACAUUUUAUUUAAAGGUUUUAGUUACAAGAUUCAAUGUAUUUAAAGUAGUUAUAGAAAAGAUCGUCGUGUCAGUUUUUAGACAAGCAAAGUGUUAAAAAGUUUCUGAAAUUAUAAAUGAAGGUUAGAUUUCCCUGAAAUUUUUUCUAAUAGUUUAGAAUGUAAUAUUGUUCAACAGUCUCUGCUAGACACUUUCAUGGAUCACGCUUCAACGACAUUCAAAUUUUUCUAUUGUUCCUGGCAGACUCUCGGCGCAUAAUCAUUUUGGACGAAACGAACACGACUUCGCGUAUAUUUUCCAAAGUUAAUUCGCGUAAAUCUAUCGCCUCAUUCAGUUAAGAACGGUUUGAUACAAGAUAUAAGCGUUUCCUAAUAAUGGUUUUGUCUCAGGCCCGUGUAUUUCUCGCGUCUUAAUCCCGGAGUACAUUGACUAAGUUAUUAAGGUAAUAUCAAACUAUUCUUGUAUAAGGCGAUGAACUGUUGAAAAGUGCUAACUCAAAUGAAUAAGUCUUUCCUUUUAAUCUCAGCUGUGAGAAGUCACAACUUACAAGCGUUUACAAGAGACACGCCCGAGUUACCAUAACAAGCACUUUGGAAAAGUGCACCCCCAUAAAACAGAAAAAUCUCGCGACGCACUAGAGCAUAAUAUUUUUAAUUUACGACGCCAAUUGCAUAAACCCGAACAGUAUACAAUGUUUGAAUGCAAUCUCUAGAGGCCGUGUUGUUUUGCCCUGGGAAUUUUCAGCUGUAUUUAAGUUUACACAGUCAAUAAAAGGCUAAAUGUUGUGCGCA